AUCAUCCACAGAACAGACGUGUCAGUUAAACGUCCCCGUGGACAGUGUCAGAGCCACAGCAGCUGCCUGGCCGUCCCCCCUCUGUCUGUGGGCAGCGUUUGGUCCAUCAGAGACUAAGUGACAACUAACUUAGCCGUGUAGCUACACGCUAACCCAGAAGCCACUUGGAGCUAACCCAGCUCUAAAGCUACUUACCGACGCUGAGAGGCGGUUACAAAGAGCCGCCAACAACCGGGCGGGAGCCCGCAGGCGGACAGCGGGAACGGAGCUCUGAUACCGCGGGUUAAACCUCCAGCACUGACCCGGUGUUCACUACCGACAGAAUGUUUCCUUGGUCUGCGGUUUUCUCCCUUGAGCCUAAAGUCCCUGGUCAGCGCACCGCUGAGGAGCUGGUAACCAAUACUCUGAUGUUGGAGCUGGGGGCCAUGGUGAAACGCACCGAACGCAUCCGUUUAGAAAGGAUGGCAGAGGGCCGCCGCCGUCGCAGCUCCUCCACUACAGCCGACUACAGCUGGCUGGCCAACACCCCCACCCCACAGCCCUAUGAGCUGACCCCCAGUGACCUGCUGGAGCUGCAGGACCUCUGUGCCAAGAUCCCUCCGGCACAGUGUGGCCCUUUGAUCGUCAGGUUCAGGAGGCUGGUGUCGCAGAUGGAGCCUGAGGUUCAGGAGGUGGCCCGGCUUUUUCGCUCAGUACUGCGCGACUGCGUGGACGAGAUGAAUGGAAACGAAUACAUUCAGACACAGGAUAAUGUGUUUGAGAAGCAGCAGCGCAGCAAGAGCCUCUCCUUCGUAACUUUCCGUACAAAGUUUCGCUCGGGGUACUUCUUCAAGGGCGGAGGCCUGAGGGGCUCCAGGGGGAACCUGCAGCAGCAGGUGGACUGGUACAACGAGGAGGAGGAGGAGGAAGAGGAUGGAGCAGAGGAGGAGGCCAUCAGGGCCAGGGCAAGGAAAGGAAGGAGCAACAGCAUGCCAGAGAUUACCCCUAUGGAGCAAAGUGCCCUGGGUUGAGAGGAAGGAGGGAGAGUGAGGUCAAUCCAGAAGGGGUCUUGGAAGGAUAACAGAGGGCCAACAUAAAUCAGGGGGAAGGAGUGACAGGAUAAAUAUAAAAAAAAAAGAAGGUUCACUAGAUUUCCUCUUAUCUGGCCACUUUUGAAAUAUCAAAAGAGAGAGGAGGCCAAAAAAAGUACACUGUACAAUAGCUGAUGAACUUUAGUCUGUCACAAGAAGCUUUAUUGGUCUCAUUUCAACAUGUGUGAAGAAGAGUGGUAAACAUUUUGUUUUGUUUUGCUGAUGACCAUCCAAAUAAAAUACAAAUGUGAACCUCAUGGUGGCGCUAGAAGAAAUGUAAGAGGGUCACUUUAACCCAGAAACUGAUGGAUGCUGACAUCCCUAGAGGUGAGACGCUAAUGUAGAUUAAAAUCUAAAACGUGCUGCAUGGGAUUUUCUUGAGUGAAAUCUCUUGACUGUUUAACCUUCGUAUGCUUCAGGUCUCUCUAAAACCCUUUAACUGAUGCUCGCCAAACCACAGUUCCUGAUCAUAUGCACAUCAUGUUACCAUCCCUUUAAAAACAUAUAGUACAACAGAGCAGCUGUCGGCAUAGAUAUCAGGGAAGUUCAGCUCAGGCCUCUCAUGUGGACAUUCAACAGUUUGAAUCAGUGAGCAGGUGCUCACAUAAUGUAUCCAUUAAGCAAGUCCUCAUCAUGUCAGUCAUUUGUAAAUUAUUUUUUAUUGUGGAUAUAAAAUUUAUUUGGAGAAAUUAACAUGAAUGUGAUUAAAACAUUAGUUUUUUCACAAAUAUAUCUGUGUUUUUUGGAUUAAAUAUACAGUUGAGAAACAUUUUAGACUAAAGUAAUUUUGGCAACGAGUCACUGUUAAGUUUACACUAAAGGGACACAUGAUAUAUGGAUGUUUUGCCAUUGGUGUCUGACAAGGUAAAAAUAUUAAUAUGCAUAUCUACCUCGGACUGUACCGUAAUAAAUGAAAGGAAGAGAAAAUAAAAACCAUACGACUGUGGUGAAAUGUUUGGAAUAUAAACUGUAGCAUGGCUCUAUUUAGCACCUCUCUGUUGGUGAGUCUCAGCAUGGCUAAUUAUAUCCCUGCUGACUAAUCCUAUUAUCUCAAGAAAAUCUCAUCCAUAAAUGCCAACACCCCAUUAUUCUUUUAUUAAUAUGCACUUUCUUAUCAAUACAUCAUUAUCACUAUUUGCACUUUGUACACUGAAGUCAAGGCAUUUGGCUAAAAAAAACAAAAAAACAAGAGGAAAAUUAGGAAGAAUGUUUUCCUCCUUCUUAAAAAGCUGUGGUCAUUUAAAUACCUGCCUGUACAUUAGACGAAGGAGGGAAACAACUACAACAGUGAUAUCCAACCAGACACUUCCAGGGUAUCUGGCUGAAUGAGUCACUUCAUUAGUCGUCCUUAGAAAACCAACGCAACCCUGUCAGAAGCACUGAUGUCAAACCCGGCUCCUGUUCAGACACUUGUAGGCUGUCGUCUUCAUGCGGCACCGAAUGUGGAAGGUAUACACUUUUCCAACAAUUCCACAUGCUUCCCGGUUGCAACCAAUUUAAUUUAAAACAGUUUUCUUACAUAGCUUAACAUGUCAUACAGCUCGUUCCUGAAUGAUACUAACAAAGUCUCCUUUAUUAACUGGCUCUGUCUUCUUGUGCCUUCAGGAGACUAAAUGCCAGCCCACAGAGAAUGUCUUCGUAUUGUGUCACAGUUCAUUUAGAUUAUUCGUUUGGCAAAACGACAUUGAAAGAAAAACAGAGGGAAAUGGAUAAAAAAUAUUCCACGUCAUAACUGAAUGGUGUAAAGUGAAUAAUUGCUGAUAAGUGAGACACUCUUCAAUAAAAAGCAGGUAAACUAAGAAGCAAAAUAAUCUGAGCAUAAACUCCAGUUCUGCUGUUUGGCUUAGAAAUAAUGAUAAUAACAGAUGACAUGUGGCAAGGGAGGGAAAACAAGGAAAA